AUGCUAAAUUAUGGUGGCAAUGGGAAGACCAAGAUAAGUGAAAUGCAGGAACUAAGGGCAAAUGAGAAUAACAAUCAAAACGAUUUUGAUGAUAAUGCAUACAAUGAUGCAAGCACAUGUCAUGAUAGCAACAUGGUGUAUAACGAGAAUUGUUCCUUUAAGGGGGAAUUUACUCCAAUAAAAGAGGAACAUAAUAACACAUAUUGCGGGACUUGUGUAACAGAAGAUGAUGAAGAAGAUGGGAAUUCGUAUGAUGUAAAGCAGACAAAGGAAGUUUUAAAUUGUGAUUAUUGUAAUAAGCAUGUGUACGCAGAAGUAAAGGCAUACACACCAGCAUUUGUAUACAUUUUAAUAAUUAUUUUAUUUCUUCUCCUUUCAUUUUUUACCAUAUUUUUAUUACCUUUGAUAUACUUAACAUUUAAACAAAAAAAAUACACUUGUCCAUAUUGUGAAAAGAAUUUAAAAAAAUCAUGUGAGAAAUUAUUUCAAGUAAAAAGAGAAAAUCAAAUACUAACAUUUCAAUUUCCCAAAUGUGCAAUUAUAAUAUCAGCUAAAUAUUUAGCUCUAUUCUUAUCACUCAUAUUUUUAAUAUUUUUUUUUUACAUAAUAAGAAUAUGGACUAAUUUUAAUUUGGACAAUUUAGCCAAAGGUCCAUACAUAACAGCUAGCUGGAUAGACUACCUAGAAGAUUGUGGACACAAAUCCCAAUUAAGAAAUAAAUUCAAUAGCAUUCAUAACUUUAAAAAAAAGUAUGAUGGAUAUACAAUAAUAUGGAGAGGAUUUUUCCAUCAGAUUAAGGAAGGAUUCUUCAAUAGUAACUCUUUAUUUAUAAGAAUGAAUCCAUCCGAAUAUCGAUAUGAUAAGGCAGACAUCAGGGCAUUAUUUACAGAUUCGUUAAUAUCUCAUGUGGAAAAUUUACAAAAAAAUGAUUUAAUUGAAUUUGAAUGUACACUUAUACAAAUCAGUAAAAAUAAAAACCCACAUUUGUGUAUUCUCUGGAAUGUCAUCCUACUGGAGAAAUCAGAAGAAGCCAAUUUCAACGUAAUCGAUUUUGUGAAACGUUUAUCCAUUCUAGACAUGAUUAAUAGUAACACUAAUGCGAAUCCAUUUUUUAUGAAUUUCAAUAAUAAGAAUGGAGAGGUCAAGAGUUCCAUAAAAAUUGUCCGUGUUUCCCCGACCCCAGAGGAUGGUGGUGGCAUGGGCAGUAUCAGUAGCAUCAGCAGUAUCAGCAGUAUCAGCAGCAUCAGCGAUGGAGCUCAAAUGGGAGACGAACUCUGGAGAAACGAGUUAUUAGGUGAUAGUUUAUCUCAUGGAGAAUUUUUUGAAACUCAAAACAUAAUUCCUGUAAAGGACAAUUACAUCUUCAAUUUGUCAUCAGAUCAGAUUAAUCAUAAUUCAUUCCAUGGGGGAAAUGAUUCAAAUAUUGCAUUUUUACAUGGAAUGAACGAACAUGAAAAAUUUGGACUUCGUGAUAUUAUGGCUCGUUUGGGAAGAUCAAAAUCGGGAGCGGGACAUUUAACAAACACAGAAGAUGAAGAUGAGGAAGUAAUGGAGGAGGAAGAGGAAGAGGAGGAAGAAGAAGAUGAAGACUAUGAUUAUCAUACUGAAAAUGAACAUGAAUAUGACAUAGAAGAUAUAGAAGCUUUGAAUAAUGCAUAUGGGAAUCAUCAUAAUAUAAAAUUUGAUCCCCUUAAUAGUAAAGAGUUUCGUUCAUAUGGUAAUAAUAACUCUCUUUCUUCACCCCCAUUUCAUAAUUUUAAUUAUGAACAUGAUGUGACGGAAUUAUUUGACGAACAACAUGCAAUCGUUUCUGAAAAGGAAGUACACCCAGAAGAAGUGAUCAAAGGAAGUACCAAAAAAAAUGAAACCAUGGGAGAAGGAUCUGCAAAAAAAUUCUCAAAUGAAAAAGAUGUGAAAAAUAAAGAGAAUGUGAACGAAAUGAAGAGACAGGAAAGUAAGAAAAAUGGGGAAGAUGAAAAUAGCGGGAAGAUAGACUCAAGUGAGGGGGACAAAAAGGAUUUGAAGUCCAAUGAAAAUAAGAACAAAAAUUUUGACGAAUCUACGGAUGAGAAAAAGAACAAAUAA